AUGUCUGCACUUUGGCUUCCACGUGGAACUGCCAAUGCAAGUUUGUUCGCAGGUGCUCAAUAUGGAUAUUUACCUGAAUUAUUUGCAUGUAUUCAUAGGCAAAGAUUAACACCUCUACCUGGUGUUGUCCUUAAGGGUUUUCUCGCAAUUAUUUUCUGUAUUCCAACUAAUAUUUAUGGAUUGAUUGAUUUUUUCAGCUUUGGUGCAUGGAUGUUCCACAGUCUAACGUUUGUUGCAACACUUUGUUGUAAAUUUACGAAAAAAGAUACAGAACGAGUGAUUAAUAUUCCAAUUCCAUUAAUUGUCAUUAUUAUCUUAAUCUCAAUCUAUUUGGUUACUAUCCCUGUUAUAACUUCUCCAAAUAUUGAAUUCCUUAUUACUUCUUGUUGGAUUUUAUUCGGUUUGAUAUUCUAUUAUCUAUUUGUUUAUCGUAAAAGAGAAUUACAAUUUAUGAGUAAGUCAUGAAAAUGUAUUUAUUUUUCAAAGGACAUGGGACGAUAAGGGCAUUUUUCUCCCCAAAAAAUUUUUGGAAAAAAACUACAUGGUCAUAAUAAGUCGAUCAUGGACUACAACAUAGGCAUAUUUUUUCACCAUAGUACGACAUCAAAAAUUUUUGCACCUGUACCCCCCUACGGCACACCUGGAAAAAAAAUUUUUUUUUUCUUUGGUCAAAUACAUGCCACAAUAUAGAGUCGAUAGUGCUGAUCACGAAUAUG